CCAACUCCCCAGGUAGCGUUGAUUCUUCUGUUCAGUCGGUUGGUUGGAGCCUACGAGGAAUCCUCUACGGCGCUAUCAUUUUUCUGUUCCUCUCUCCGUCUACCUUUCAGAUGGGGGCCAUGAGGGGCAUCUGUACGGCAUCAGCAGCACUAGCUGUUCUAGUGGUGGCUGGCCUUUUGGGACCUGCAACUGCCAAUGUGGGCGACAAGUGCUCGUCGAGCGCCGACUGCGGCGCCGGGCAGUGGUGCUUCGACUGCGACCCGGAGUUCAAAGGCUCCCACUGCGUCCGCUCCGCCGCCACCAACACCUUCAAACUCGUCAAUAGCUCGUUGCCGUUCAACAAGUACGCCUAUCUCACGACGCACAAUUCAUUCGCGAUUGUUGGGGAACCGUCGCACACGGGAAUUCCACGCAUCACCUUCGACAACCAGGAGGAUACGGUCACUGAUCAGCUAAAUAACGGUGUUCGCGCGCUAAUGCUCGACACUUAUGACUUCAAGGGAGAUGUAUGGUUGUGCCAUUCCAGUGGAGGCAAAUGCAACGAUUUUACUGCAUUUGAACCGGCACUGGACACAUUCAAGGAAAUCGAGGCAUUUCUUGCAGCCAACCCAUCUGAAAUCGUCACGUUGAUCCUAGAAGACUACGUUAAUGCGCCGAAUGGCCUGACAAACGUGUUCAACUCCUCUGGACUGCAGAAGUACUGGUUUCCCGUGUCGAAAAUGCCGCAGAACGGUCAGGACUGGCCUCUUGUCAGCGACAUGGUGACAAGCAACCAGCGCCUCGUCGUGUUCACCUCCAUGAGAUCCAAGCAAGCCACAGAAGGAAUCGCGUACCAGUGGAACUUCAUGGUUGAGAACAAUUAUGGUGACGAUGGAAUGGAUGCUGGAAAAUGCUCAAACCGUGCAGAAUCGGCGCCUCUGAACGACAAGACAAAGUCACUGGUUCUCAUGAACUACUUCCCAUCGGUCCCUGUGAAGCUAACUGCAUGUUUGCAGCACUCCAAUAGCGUCAGUGACAUGGUGAAUACGUGCUACGGUGCAGCUGGAAAUCGAUGGGCUAAUUUCCUUGCAGUUGAUUACUACAAGAGAAGCGACGGAGGUGGGGUGUUCCAGUCCACAGAUCUGCUCAACGGGAGGCUCCUGUGCGGAUGCCAGGACGUCAAUGCUUGUCCGAAAGGAUCUACUGUAGUGUGUUCUGCAUGAGUCCUGGAGAAUAGGAUCUAUAGAAACACCACAUACAUAGAACAAAGUGGUGAUACUUAGGAUUCAGAUACAUUUUUUCGAUAACAGGAUUCAGAUACAUGAAACUGAAAGUUCAAAAUGAUGGUUUCCGCCAAAAAACAAUAUGAUGGAUAGUACACUACAACAGGGCAAAGGAUUUUACAACAUAGUAUUCUUUUCGAGGAAUUGCAUAACCGUGUAACAUUUCUGGGGAAUAUUCGGUGUAGAUUCAUUGUCAAGAACUGAUAUUGCAGUUGUCAAUGAUUUCUCCCUAUGGUUGCCUUUGUUGUAUAUUUAUUGUAGCCCCCAAAUUUAUUUACCAUCAAUUGUUUGUUACUUCUAUGGAAUAAAAUUCCCCAAAUAGUUUAUG